AAAUACUAGCUGAGGUUAUAGUCAUAAACAAUAUCCGCUUCUCAGUUAAAAGGAUUGAACCAUAUUUGUAUAGUUCCAAUGGCACAGGGGAAAAUGAAGAUGGGUCUAGUUUUGGUAGUAAUGGGCAUCCUAUAUGGAGAAGCUGCGGCACAAUCAAGUUGCACAAGUGUGUUAGUGACCCUCUCACCGUGCCUUAACUACAUCACUGGGAACUCCUCAACCCCAUCUUCAGGAUGCUGCUCACAGCUAGCCAGUGUUGUAAGCUCACAACCACUGUGUCUGUGUGAGGUUCUUAACGGGGGAGGAUCAUCACUCGGAAUCAACAUCAACCAAACCCAGGCUCUAGCCUUACCUGGUGCUUGCAAUGUGCAGACCCCACCCAUCUCCCAGUGUAAUGCUAAUUCGCCAGCAGAAUCUCCUAAUUCGGAUCCAUCAGGAACCGUACCCACAACAGACAAUGGCGCGUCCGGUGGAACUUCGGUCAAGUUAUCGAUUCCUCUGCUGUUCAUUGUUUUUGCAGCAACAUAUUCUUCAUCAAUCCGUUCUUCUCUCAUUUAAUAUGAUAUCGACUACAUGUGUGUGAAAAUGGAUAUGUCAUUUUGUUCCUUAGUUUCAAGAGUACGCCCAUAUUCAUUUAUUUGACCUGUUCUUGGUUACAUAAUUUUGUAUUGUCGAGAGAUAUUCAUUCUCGCCUUCACCAAUAAAUAUGGAUUGUUAUUUG